UACAAGCAUUCACCGAGCAGAAAGCAGGUUUUAAGUAUGUGGCUGAAUGAAAUCGUGUCUCAGAACAUGUUCAUUGAAAGAGUGAACAAGCAAAGUUUAGAACUUGAGGCUGCUCGGAACCGAAACAGCGAAUUACUGAAAAAAUCCCAACGCCUAGAGCAGGAGCAGAACAAUUUAACCGACCUAUUCACAUCCAACCAGCUAGAUGUGAUUACGAAGAAGAAUAAUCUAAACGCGUUAUUAGCGAACCUAAAGGAACAGAAAAGGUUAAAUCUGAUGGCAACGCAACGUUUAGAAAUAUGCAGGGAACAAAUCAACCACAUACAAGAGAACAUCGAGCAAACGAAUGGCGGAAUGUUCGAUUCCGUGACGGAACUGAAACCGAUAAAAGAAAAAUUGUCAUUCAAAUGGGACGUUGUGGAGUGUCUACAGCAAAAACUCGUCGAAACCAGGCUUCAAAACGCUGAAAAAGAAGCGAUUAUAAUAGAACUGAGGCUGUGCGAACACGAUUUAAAAAACGAAGUUGAGCUACUUAAGGAGGACGAAAAAGAAACGCUACCCAUCAACAAGUUGCAGGAGCAAUUCCUGGCAGCUAGGUUACGAGACGCGGACGUAGUUUUAGAAUUCGAUAAACUUAAGAGAAGCCUCGCUGCUAUUAAACAUGAGUUGGAAGAAAAGAGAACGGAGACAGAAUUAGAAAUGAAGAGAGAAAACCAGGAUCCGUUUCAUAUUCAUUUCAACUUACGGGACAAGUACCACGAACAAAUUAAAUUCGAAGAAAAUGAAUCGAUUGCCAGGACGGUUGAAUUUCAAGACGAGAUAGACUAUUUGAAGAUGCAGAUAAAAAAGUUAGAACACAUUAAACAGGACAUCAUUGCACGGGUUCAUUUCAAUGAAGAGGUAAAGGUUCACUUGCACGAAGUGAAAACGAGUAUUUUCGUUAGAUUACAGAAGACCAGCGUAGAACUGGAGAAAAUUAUUGAGAAAAACAGAAAACUUGAAGAGAAAAUGACUAGCGACUUAUCUGACAUCCAACAUAAUAUAGACGAUAAGGACACUUUGAUUUCACAACUGGCGCAAGAUAUCAAGGAACUACAGUUACGUAACGACAAAUCUGCCAAGUAUAAUGAUGAGUCGAUGGCCAGCAUAACUGAUAUUACUAUAAAUAAAUUACAAGAGGAAAUUGAAUUCCUCGAAGAAAAAAUUAGAACGCUAACAAUUCCAUAAAAAAUUAUUUACAUUAAUCUUCUAUCAUUUAUUAAUAUUGCACAAGAGAUAAUAAAAUCA